AUGGCUUCUAACAGAAUCGAUGUCCACCACCACUUUGUCCCCGACUUUUAUCGUCAAGCUGUCAUCUCCUCAGGCGGAGACCCUUCAGGUUGGUUCGUACCUGAUUGGACCCCAGAGUCAGAUGCUGCCGUCAACGAGAAGUUCGGCAUAGAUGUCACCAUCCUGUCGCUGACUGCCCCGGGUGCCUGCAUCCUCAAGGACCCGGCAGCAUCGGCAGAGCUCGCCCGCAAGGCUAACCUGUACGCUGCCAAAUUGCGAGACGAUAGCCCCAAGAAAUACGGCUUCUUUGCCGCUCUACCGAACCUUCUUGAUAAGGAGCUGGCCCUUGCCGAGAUUGCCUACGCCCUCGACACCCUCAAGGCGGACGGUGUGACCUUGUUUACCCGUUACGGGACUGAUAAUCACUACCUGGGCCACCCUGAUUUCAAGGACAUUUGGGCUGAGCUCAACCGCCGUUCCGCCGUCGUAUUUGUCCACCCUACCCAUCCUGUCGAUACGAGUCAAGUCAGCGGCCUUCCUCAGCCAGUGAUCCGCUACCCCUUCGAGUCCACCACGACCGCUCUGGACAUGAUUUACAACAAGACUGUCCGCAAUAACCCAAAUUGCAAGAUCAUUCUCUCUCACGGAGGCGGUGUGCUGCCCUACCUCAUUGGAAGACCUGCGAGCAUCCUGCCCAAGUCCAAGGAAGAGCUCGACGAGUUUCUGGACGAUGCUCGGAAUUUCUAUUACGAUCUAGCCGUGGCUGGCUCAGAGAAUGUGCUGCGGGUUCUGGAGAAGUUUGCCAAGCCGGGACAUCUCCUCUACGGCAGCGACACGCCUUAUGCCAAUGACGGGAUUAUCGAUUUCCACACGAGUGGGCUUGAUUCGUACAAGUUUGAGGAUACGGACUUGAUUAACCAGAUUAACCGCGACAACGCUCUCUCUUUGUUCCCCCGUUUUAAGAAUUGA